GGUUGGUUCAGAGGGUUGGUUCAGAGGGGUUGGUUCAGAGGGGUUGGUUCAGAGGGGUUGGUUCAGAGGGGUUGGGUUAAAUGUGGAAGACACAUUUCAGUUGUACAACUGACACGGUAUCCCCCUUUCCCUAAUAAGCUUGGUGGAAACACCUCUCUGAUCUCCAGCUGUUGUUGCUGAGGGGCUAUGCGUUCAACCACUCUGCGGACUUUGAGACGGUGCGGAUGAUGAAGGAGAAGCUGUGCUACGUGGGUUACAACAUCGAACAGGAGCAGAAACUGGCUCUGGAGACCACCGUGCUGGUCGAGUCCUACCAGGUCAGUACCACUGUUCCUACUGGGUCAGUCCUACCGGGUCAGUCCUACCAGGUCAGUACCACUGUCCUACUGGGUCAGUCCUACCAGGUCAGUACCACUGUCCUACUGGGUCAGUCCUACUGGGUCAGUCCUACCAGGUCAGUACCACUGUCCUACUGGGUCAGUCCUACCAGGUCAGUACCACUGUCCUACUGGGUCAGUCCUACUGGGUCAGUCCUACCAGGUCAGUACCACUGUCCUACUGGGUCAGUCCUACCAGGUCAGUACCACUGUCCUACCAGAUCAGUACCACUGUCCUACUGGGUCAGUCCUACCGGGUCAGUACCACUGUCCUACUGGGUCAGUACCACUGUCCUACCGGGUCAGUCCUACCAGGUCAGUACCACUGUCCUACUGGGUCAGUCCUACCAGAUCAGUACCACUGUCCUACUGGGUCAGUCCUACCGGGUCAGUACCACUGUGCUACCAGGUCAGUCCUACCGGGUCAGUACCACUGUCCUACUGGGUCAGUCCUACCAGGUCAGUACCACUGUCCUACCGGGUCAGUCCUACCGGGUCAGUCCUACCAGGUCAGUACCACUGUCCUACUGGGUCAGUCCUACCGGGUCAGUCCUACCAGGUCAGUACCACUGUCCUACUGGGUCAGUCCUACCGGGUCAGUACCACUGUCCUACUGGGUCAGUCCUACCGGGUCAGUCCUACCGGGUCAGUACCACUGUCCUACUGGGUCAGUCCUACCAGGUCAGUACCACUGUCCUACCGGGUCAGUCCUACCAGAUCAGUACCACUGUGCUACCAGGUCAGUCCUACCAGAUCAGUACCACUGUGCUACCGGGUCAGUCCUACCAGAUCAGUACCACUGUGCUACCGGGUCAGUCCUACCAGGUCAGUACCACUGUCCUACUGGGUCAGUCCUACCAGAUCAGUACCACUGUCCUACUGGGUCAGUCCUACCGGGUCAGUACCACUGUCCUACUGGGUCAGUACCACUGUCCUACCGGGUCAGUCCUACCAGGUCAGUACCACUGUCCUACUGGGUCAGUCCUACCAGAUCAGUACCACUGUCCUACUGGGUCAGUCCUACCGGGUCAGUACCACUGUCCUACCGGGUCAGUCCUACCAGGUCAGUACCACUGUCCUACUGGGUCAGUACCACUGUCCUACCAGGUCAGUACCACUGUUCUACCAGGUGAGUCGUACCAGGUCAGUAGUACCAGGUGAGUCGUACCAGGUGAGUAACUAACCUCUGUGCUGGUUGAGUCCUGCACGGUCAGUGUAAAUAGACCCCUAGUGACCAAUUCAGAACUUUUGGACCACAUUUUUGGACCCUAAAUAACAGGCCAGUAUCAAUAGCGUUUAGCAGCUGUUUUGUUGUUGUCUGGAGCUUCAGUCUAAAAUAACACAUUUAUGGUGCAUAGAACCCCCCAAUGAUCCCCACAGAAUAUACCACCACACCACACGACUCUGAGAAUAUACCACCACACCACACGACUGAGAAUAUACCACCACACCACACGACUCUGAUAAUAUACCACCACACGACUCUGAGAAUAUACCACCACACCACACGACUCUGAUAAUAUACCACCACACCACACGACUCUGAGAAUAUACCACCACACCACACGACUCUGAGAAUAUACCACCACACCACACGACUGAGAAUAUACCACCACACCACACGACUCUGAGAAUAUACCACCACACGACUCUGAGAAUAUACCACCACACCACACGACUCUGAGAAUAUACCACCACACCA